UUGAAGCUGGUCAAUCCCACUCAGUAUCGCUUCGAGCAUCUGGCCACGCAGCUGAAGUGGCGUCUGCAGGAGGGCCGCGGCGAGGCCGUGUACCAGAUCGGCGUGGAGGACAACGGCCUGCUGGUCGGCCUGACGGAGGCCGACAUGAAGGCGUCGCUCAAGACCUUAAAGAGGAUGGCAGAGAAAGUCGGCGCCGACAUCACUCUCCUCCGAGAGCGGGAGGUGGACUACGACUCGGACAGAAACACGCGCAAAAUCGCAGAAGUCCUCGUCCGAAAAGUGCCCGAUGAUCAGCAGUUCCUGGACCUGCGGGUGGCGGUCCUGGGGAACGUGGACUCGGGGAAGUCGACCCUGCUGGGCGUCCUGACGCAGGGCGAGCUGGACAACGGGCGAGGCCGAGCGAGGCUCAACCUCUUCAGACAUCUGCACGAGAUCCAGACGGGACGCACGUCCAGCAUCAGCUUCGAGAUCCUCGGCUUCAACAGCAAAGGAGAGGUGAGUCUGACGCAGCCGCGACCCGCCGCAAAACCACCACAUUAACCCUUCAGACCCCAACACGGCGGCUCCGAUCCUGAAAAAUGUUUAAAG